GAUUUUGGCUGAAUGUUGGAACGAGAUCGGAUCCUUACAGCUGCUGAUCCUUAAAGUUAAUUUUGUUGCUGGGAAGAAUCUGCUUUGACUCUUUGGCGAGGCUGCGCUUUCAGGGGCGUUUGUUUCCUGGCGCUUCUGGAAUUCCUCAAAUUGAAGGCUGCGUUGGCGAUUGUCCUUGGAGACUCCUGGUAGUCUUUAACCGUCAUGGCCGACCAGGAAUUUUCAUCUGACCCUGAACAGGCCCCAGUUCCUCCUAGGCCUAAAAAGGCCUCAAAAAAGAGGCCUGCUGCCCAAGCUUCAACCUCUUCAGCAAGUCAGCCAUUAUCUGUUACAGCCAGGGAGGAACAGAGGAGACACAACGCUCUAGAGAAACAAUUUUCCAGGGCCCAAAAACAGGCACAACUCAUGGGGGAGGUAGUUCUGGAACCUUCCCCUCCUCAACCGGAUCCAUUGGCAUCAACAACCCAGCUGGCAUCACAAGAUAUACCUUCUGAUGUACCUCAGGCACCCAUGUUGUCUGAUAGGCCGGGACCUUCAGCGUCAUUUACACCCACGGCAGCUGGUCUCAGGCCUCAGGAGGCUUUAGGUUGGCCACCACAUUUAGACUUUCAAGCCUUAUUCACAGAUGCACUGGCUAAGGCAAUCACCUCAGGCCUUCAACAAGGGGGACAGCCCCAGUUUGGGUAUCAUACUUGUCAGAUGCCAGCUCCUUCCAGGCCGGCUUGUGGACAUCAUCCGUCUACGCAUCCUCCUCCUCCUCCUCCCCCUCCACCCCUCCCCAGCCGGCCCAGGCGAUCCAACCUUCCUUAG